CUACGCUGCUCGGUGCUUCUACGCGGCCAGCGUCGUCUUCUUGCUCUCCAUGGACGUCCUGUACGCACUCAAAUUGCUAGAGGUUUUAAGCGCCAGAACGGACCUCCUGUGGGCCCACUACAGGGGGCUAGGUCUCCAGUUCUUCACAGUUUGGAGCCAGGUCGCCCAGCAAGGUUAUUUCUUUGUGGCGUUUGCGUAUGACGUCAUUGAACCAAGUAACAACGUGUUUACGAAACGGCUGAAAAAACUACUCCGCAUUUUCAAAGCUGUAUUCUUCACUUCCGUCGUCGUGCCCACAGCAGUUCUGGUGAGCGUCAACUUUUGGGCCCUCAACUCGCUGUUCGACCCUGCCCUCAUUGAUGAUACACACGCGUACGAGGACUUCGUGCCUAGCUGGAUGAACCACAGUCUGCAUUCCUACGUGUUGGUCUUCGCGUUGGCAGAACUACUGCUCUCCUGCAGGACAUAUCCUGGCUGGACCGCGCUGGGGAGACUGAGGUCAACUGUCGUCGUGUUGGCCUACGCGUCAUGGGUGGCGCUCACUGUGCUGGUGGGCAGCGCCUGGCCCUACCCGUACCUACGGCUCAUGAGUAUCCCGCAGCUGCUGGCGUACCUGGUGGCGAACUGUGGACUUGCCGCCUGGGCCUACAGCCUGGGAGAAUACAUCAACACUGCCGUCUGGGGCAAGGCAGGAAGAAUAGCCUGAAGGAGAUUCGUCUGAAGGCUAAACCGUUGAGACGAGAACGUGUAAAUCCUUCAGUGGAUAUUUCAAUAUUGUAAAGCAUCGAAAACAAACAGAAAGCAGAAUUUCCUUCGCUGUUUAUUCAAGAAGAAAGUUUAUUUUCGCCGAAAUGGGAACUUUCCAACUGGUUUUGGAUGUGACUGAUGCCUCCGGACAUGUAGGCUGAUACGUCUUGCAAGAAUUCCAUAGAGUAUCGAAGAGUGAAGACAUAUUAUGUUGUAGCCUAUGAUAAAUUAGAAUAGUGUUUUGCAAACUGUGUUAUUCUGAGACUCCCAUGACGUGAAUACAGUGUUUAAGCUCUUCCAACCUAUGAAAUUACUUAAAAUGUGACUUAGAAAUUUGAAAUACAGUUACUAAUGAGCGUUAA